AAUGAGAGGGAAAGAGAUGGCAGCACUGACAACAAUUGUAUACCUCUGCUUAAUCGUCGGAGCUACGGCCAUGCCCGCAAUGGAUUGCAUCGAUGAAUCACCGGAAGGGGUGGCAAAAUGGUUCCAAAACUUGGGCCAUAGGAAGGAAAAGUUAACCACGUUUAAGUUGUAUUUGCAUGACCAGGUAAGUGGCAAGAACCCAACUGCAGUUGUAGUAGCCCGAGCCAACUUCACUUCCAAGACUCCCGCCCCCACCCCGUUCGGGACAAUCGUAGUGAUCGAUGAUCCGUUGACAGUUGGGUCUGAACUCAACUCUACAGUCAUGGCCCGGGCCCAGGGGAUUUAUUUAUCGGAUGGGCUGGAGGAAUUUGCUCUAAACAUGAACUUCAACUUUGUCUUUACGAGCGGAAAGUACAAGGGUAGCACUCUUAGCCUCUUUGGGCGGAACCCGGUCUUUCAUCCGUACCGUAAAUUGUCUAUUGUCGGAGGGACUGGUGUUUUUCGACUAGCACGAGGAAUCGUCACCGUGAAAACAUACCAGUUCAAUGCCACCUCCAAUGAUGCUUCCCUUCAGUAUUAUUUUGAUGUCCUUCACUAUUGAAAUGAUUGAUUGUUGGUCCAAUUAAACAAGAAUAGUUGUUCGUAACAAGAC